AUAGCUUUAUCGAGAUAUUAUUUUGCAUAUUAAUCCCAAUAUUAAAUUUAUUUCCGUGUUUCUUAAAGGUAAGGAACUGUAUCAAUUAAAGUAUGCAAUUUGUAAGAAAAAAAAAAUAGUGACAUCGAUGAUCAAUAACAAGAAAAUAGACUGAAAGAUUGACUCGAUCUUAUCAUUUCUCAUCGGAUUUCAAGUUUGUCGCUAACUAUUAUUUUACGUGAAACAUAAAAGAUCAAAUACUAGGAAAAUUUCUUCUAUUAAAUGGACAAAUGCAUUAACGCAUAAUGGAAGGUCCUUUAGAAAUAAAAGAUUCUGCUGCGGGUGCAGAAGAAUCUAUUAAAUCAGAAGCACCUAUACAGAAUCCGGAUAGCAGCGAUCGGAGCGAUGGUGCAGUCUCACCUCCUCCGAAUUGUAGCAUUUGCUUGGGCAAGCUAGUGAACACAUCGUUUACGGAUAGUUGUCUCCAUCAGUUCUGUUUCACUUGUUUGCUUCAGUGGUCUAAAAUAAAGACAGAAUGUCCAUUAUGUAAACAGACCUUCAAAUCGAUCAUACACAAUGUUAGAUCAGAAGAAGAUUACGAUCAGUAUCAUGUACCUAGAGAAUUGGCUACUUUGGAUCUUAAUUUUGAAUUGGGUUACACUGGGGAUGUAGGCACCCGUUUCCAUUACAGGACAACAAUGACUGGACAUCAUCGACGUCCUCACGAAAUAGUCCUUAAUCCAGAACAGGUUGCAAGAAGGGAACAGUUGCCAAGUAUAGCACCACGAGUUUCGAUGGAAGAACGCUUACGCAGACGAGCAAAUCCAACCGAUUAUCGUCGUACCAUUUAUAGGCACGGGAUUUGGGCUACUGCGUUAAGAGAUGUAUUUGGCCGUUUUCGAGAAUGUAGUGCUGAAUUUUAUCGGAGAGAGCCAAGAGAAUUAAAUCGACUUAUACCAUGGCUCAAUCGCGAAUUGCAAGUGUUACUUCUUAAUAACAAUCCUUCGCAUGUUGCAUAUGUAUUAAGAAUUAUAUUGGAGGCUCUCACUGAAUUUGAUAUUAGAAGCCCAGAAUUUCGAGACUUAGUUCGUCCUCAUUUCAAUACAUUCACCGAUCACUUUGUACACGAACUACUUAAUUAUGCACGAACUAAUUUUGAUUUGGUUGGAUACGACCAGUCUGUAACUUAUUUACCACAAGGAUUGUCAAAUGAAUAUCUAUCAAAUAUUAUAUCUCCUGCAUCUAGUAGUAAUAGUAGUAGUUCUGAUGAUUCGGAUGUUCGAGUUCUUGAUGAAGCGAUCGACCUUAGAAUGAACACAGAGAUGCCUAGUGUAGGACCCCAUGGGAUUAGUAUUCCUGGCCCGAGUACUGUGGCACAAACGUUUCAAUUAGAUAUUCCGUAUAAUGCGCCACCGGAUAUAUUGACUAUUUCCUCCGAUUCUUCCGCGUCGGACGAUUGCGAGGUAAUUGGAUACGUGAAACCUCGUCACGAAAGAACACCAGAAAUUAUAGAAUUAGUAUCAUCCGAUCCUGAAGAGAUAAAUGUUUCUCAUGUACCAAAUGACCAUCCACAACCCUCGUCUGCUUAUUUCGAAGACAACACCCAACCCAGUACAUCUCAUGAGAUCAAGAAAAGAGCAUCUAGUACAUCGUCUACUGAAAGUGAGACGGAUUCGGACAAUGAUUAUAUUUGUAGAAGAAGCAGAAAGUAUCAAAGCCGUGCUAAAAAGUCUAGAAGAAGUAUAACCGCUAAGAAACGAAACCGAUCGAGAGAAACGAGAGUUCGUAACCGAGCAAGUAGAAAUUUAUCAAGCUCCGGAGAAAGUGAUUCUAGAAAGAAGGGAACCAGAAGAAAUAUUCAGCGCACGAUGAAAAAAAGGAUGAUCAGUAGCAGCGAUUCGAGUUCAAACGAAACCGAAUCAAAAGCGAUCGAUGAGAAGAAGUCGAGGACCCCGCAGCGUUCUAUGAAAAGCAUGGUACGCGUUCGUAAAGAUUUAAUUAAGAAAGAAAAUCGAUAUACGGACGACGAAUCGUCCAGCAGUAAUAGCAGCUCCGAUUACGAUGAAACUACUAAAAAUACAAGAUCUCGUACGAUAAGGAGAUCGAAAAGAAAAUACGUAACCAGUUCGAGUGACUUUGAGCCUAGUAGAAACGAAAAAGUGACUAGAACUAGGGGUAAAUCAAGACAAGUAUCAGAUACAAAGGAAUCCCAUCGAAAAGAAUCAAGAUACAAGGAUAACAGACGAUCCCCGUCGCGAAGUAGUAGUGCAUCUUCCUACACGUCGCAACAAGGGAAAAAAUUAAAUUCGAAACGACGAGAUUCACAACGAGAUAGCGAAGACGAUGAUUCUUGGAAAAGCUACUGGGCUGUAUCAAGGAAGGAACGUGAAUUUAAAUCUAAAAGCAGAGAAGGAGCUCUGAGUAGUACAGACUUUGACGACGAUCAUUAUAGAUCCCAUAGUCAGUGCAGUAAUUAUUCAAGUAAAUCGUACACACAUAAAAAGAAAUCAAAGCAUAAAAAUAGACAUAAAAGCAAGAAGAAGAAACGAUCAAACAGUAGAACACGUAGUUCAUCUAAUCGAUCACGAUUAACUCGACGACAUCCCGUUUAAGAAUUAACAUGCCAUGUUAAAACAUUCCGAUUCGAAAAAUAAUUCAACUAAAGGAUUAAAACAAGAGAGAAGAAAACAUGCAUGUCCUGCAAUAGUUGCAUGGAGUUACAUGAGAUCUCAGGGUAAAAUCAAAUCAAAACCAAUAAAAAUAAAGAUGCAUUUGAUCGAUAAAUCCGAAUUCAGAAAUGGCGUCAUAGAUAACGUCAUUUAAUUGAAAAUCUCUAACGAGUUUUUUUUUUUUUUUAAAUAUUCAUGUGUGCAGAUACUGCAAA